AUGGCCUCGGCGAUGAAAUUCUCGUACUACACCCGCGCGGCCACCAAAGACGUCACCAACCUCGAGCACCCACCACUAUCCGCCACCAACUCGCUAAGCAACCUGGAGGACUUCAAACGACGCUUCCGACGAAGUGGCUCUCUCGGGAUUCCGUUUGUCCCGGAACAGGAUGCGAAGGCAUUAAAGGCCGACAUCUCCGUGAAGCACAUCGAGACGCGCGACUCCAAGGAGAAUCAGGUAAACGUGCUCAAGCCACAAAAUACACCCAAAUUCCGCCAGAAUACCUUGGACACCCUCCUCGAGCUCGAGCUGGAAUACGGGAUGGACAGCGAGCAGGCGAUGGCCCACAUGAGAGGGAAUGGGCUGGAUGUCCACGAGGUCUCCUUCUCCAUCCAACCCCAGCAGACGGAGAGCGAAAAGCUGGUGGAGCCAGGAUCGAAUGACGCGACAACCGGUUGUGAAUGGUUUCCAAAGCAUAUCGCCGACCUGGACAUCUGCGCCAAGCGCGUCAUCAUGUACGGCGCUGGGCUGGAUGCAGAUCAUCCGGGUUUCAAAGACCAGGACUACCGGAAGCGCCGCAUGAUGUUCGCCGAGGUGGCCAUCAACCACAAGCACGGGGAAUCGAUUCCCAGAAUCGAAUACUCGGAGGUGGAGCGCAAGACGUGGGGCAUCAUCUACCGCAGGCUGCGAGAGCUUCACAAAAAGUACGCUUGUCAAGAAUUUCUCGACAACUUCGAGCUCCUCGAGCGUCAUUGCGGAUAUUCUGAAAACAACAUCCCCCAGCUGGAAGAUAUCAGCGUAUUUUUAAGAGCAAAAACCGGCUUUCGCGUCCGCCCAGUGGCGGGUUAUCUGACGGCGCGCGACUUCCUGGCCGGGCUGGCGUACAGAGUAUUCUUCUGUACACAGUACAUUCGACACCAUGCCGAUCCGUUUUACACCCCGGAACCAGAUACUGUACACGAGCUGAUGGGCCAUAUGGCCCUUUUUGCGGAUCCGGACUUUGCCCAGUUCAGCCACGAAAUCGGGCUUGCCUCUCUCGGAGCCUCUGAGGACGACCUCAGCAAGCUGGCUACGCUCUACUUCUUCUCGAUCGAGUUCGGGCUCUCCUGCGACUCGCACCUCGACUCCAUCGAUACGUCUGGAGGGAAAGAAAAUCGAAACAAUCCGCCUUACAAGAUCUACGGCGCAGGGUUGUUGAGCAGCGCCGGGGAGCUGCAGCACGCGAUCGAGGGCAAGCCAAAAGUGCUCCGCUUCGAUCCGGAGCGCGUCGUCGAGCAGGAAUGUCUGAUCACCACCUUCCAAGACGCCUAUUUCUACACUCGGAAUUUUGAGGAGGCCCAGCAAAAGUUAAGAAUGUUCACCAACAACAUGAAGCGCCCGUUCGUCGUCCGGUACAACGCGUACACCGAGAGCGUCGAGGUGCUGAACAACCAGCGCUCGCUGAUGCUGGCCGUCAACUCGUUGCGCAGCGACAUCAAUUUGUUGGCCAGCGCCCUCCAUUUGACGCUU